AUGAACAAAAUCGAUGACUGGGGAUCUUUCGAGGCCGAGGGAAAAAUAUUCAUAAUGACGAAGCCUCAACACGACGCUACCUUCUCACGCAUGAACAAAAUCGAUGGCUGGGGAUCUUUGGAGGCCGAGGGAAAAAUAUUAAUAAUGAUGAAGCCUCAACACGACGCUACCUUCUCACGCAUGAACAAAAUCGAUGGCUGGGGAUCUUUGGAGGCCGAGGGAAAAAUAUUCAUAAUGACGAGGAUUCAACACAACGCUACCUUCUCACGCAUGAACAAAAUCGAUGUAUGGGGAUCUCUGGAGGCCGAGGGAAAAAUAUUCAUAAUGACGAAGCCUCAACACGACGCUACCUUCUCACGCAUGAACAAAAUCGAUGGCUGGGGAUCUUUGGAGGCCGAGGGAAAAAUAUUCAUAAUGCUGAAGCCUCAACACGACGCUACCUUCUCACGCAUGAACAAAAUCGAUGGCUGGGGAUCUUUGGAGGCCGAGGGAAAAAUAUUCAUAAUGAUGAAGCCUCAACACGACGCUACCUUCUCACGCAUGAACAAAAUCGAUGGCUGGGGAUCUUUGGAGGCCGAGGGAAAAAUAUUAAUAAUGAUGAAGCCUCAACACGACGCUUCCCCCUCAAUCGCCCCCAAAAUCGAUGACUGGGGAUCUUUGGAGGCCGAGGGAAAAAUAUUCAUAACGAUAAAGCCUCAACACGACGCUACCUUCUCACGCAUGAACAAAAUCGAUGACUGGGGAUCUUUCGAGGCCGAGGGAAAAAUAUUCAUAAUGAUGAAGCCUCAACACGACGCUUCCCCCUCAAUCGUCCCCAAAAUCGAUGACUGGGGAUCUUUGGAGGCCGAGGGAAAAAUAUUCAUAAUGAUGAAGCCUCAACACGACGCUACCUUCUCACGCAUGAACAAAAUCGAUGACUGGGGAUCUUUGGAGGCCGAGGGAAAAAUAUUCAUAAUGAUGAAGCCUCAACACGACGCUACCUUCUCAAUCGCGAACAAAAUCGAUGACUGGGGAUCUUUGGAGGCCGAGGGAAAAAUAUUCAUAAUGAUGAAGCCUCAACACGACGCUACCUUCUCAAUCGCAUGA